UUUUCAAUAAAAAAAACAUCUACAAAUAUUUCAUAUUGUUUAUUGUUUUAUGGAAUAUUUAGAACAUUAAUAAAACAAAAAUAACCAACAAAAUGUAAACUAAUAAGGUAUUAUGCUGGAAUUGAAAAAAAGUGUUAAGAGAAUGAAAGAAAAUACAAGUGAUAAAGUGUUUUUUGUUAACAACAUUCCCAUUUGUGGAAGGUAAUAAGAAGUGAAAGGAAAAAAUGGUCCAGGGCCAAGGGUGCAAUUUUAUUUAAAGAACUUUUUAUAAAAAAAACUAAAACCAAAGUUGUUUUAUUUUUUAUAACAAAAAAAGUGUUAAGUUUAUUAUUUUGUAAAAAAAUCUACAAAAAAAAAAACCUUAUGGAUUUAUGCUGCUAUUGAUUUUUUUGAAACAUCAAUUAAUUUGGAUUAUUUCGGGCUUCAAUUGCAAAAUUUUGGAUUACAUUUUUAUUCACCUAUUUGUUAUACAUCUCUAACCAACUUUAAAUAUGGAUUACAAAAACGAAUUUCAAUCUGAUGAUGAUUUCGAUUGCUCAAACAGUUAUAAUGAUAAUUUCCAACAACAAACGGCCCAAAAUGCCGCCCAAACUCAAUUUAAUACCUCCCAAGGACGUUUAAAUAAUACCGCGGGAUUAUCGAAAGCGGAAUUGAGAAAGACCAAUAAACCCAUUAUGGAAAAACGUCGUCGGGCUCGCAUUAAUCAUUGUUUAAAUGAAUUAAAAUCUUUGAUCUUGGAAGCCAUGAAAAAAGACCCGGCUAGACAUACUAAACUGGAAAAGGCUGAUAUUUUGGAAAUGACUGUAAAACAUUUACAGUCCGUGCAAAGACAACAGUUAAAUAUGGCUUUACAAACCGAUCCCACGGUUAUACACAAAUUCAAAACCGGUUUUAUGGAAUGUGCCGAUGAGGUUAAUCGUUAUGUCAGCCAAUUGGAUGGUGUUGAAGAUGGUGUACGCCAAAGACUUAAUAGCCAUUUGAAUAAUUGCGCCACCAGUUUGGAACAGAUUGGUUCAAUGACCAAUUUCUCUAAUGGUUAUCGCAGUGGUGCUUCUUCAAAUUUCUUUGCUAAUGCCAAUACAAUGCCUUUACCUAAUACGGGUUCUUUGUUUCCUGCUUUACCUCAGGAUUUGAAUAAUAAUCCUGCUGCUGGCAUACAAAUGGGUGGUGUACAGUUGAUACCCUCUAGAUUGCCUUCGGGAGAGUUUGCUUUAAUUGUGCCCAAUACCGCCAAUAAUCCAACAGCUGCUGCUUCUUUAAUCAACAGCAAUUCCAAUUCAGCUUUUCCUUCCUGGCCCGGCAAUAACACUACGGCGGCCUCUAAUAACUCUACACCCAUUAAUGACUUUGCUGCCAACUUUAAGCGUCUCAGUGCUUUCUCUAAACCUCAAAACUCGCUAAUCACUCCUCUAAAAGCUCCUGUUGCCAACAACUAUCCCCAAACCAACUUAACACACUCGAACUAUCAACUUCAGACCACACAGCAGCAACAACAACAAGCUUUUCAUACCACCACCACUACUAGUCCUCCUCUCAGUCCCAUCUCUUCAGUAUCUAGUCAUAAUGAAGAUUCCAUUAUGCACACUAGUUCUGAUUUUACCACUUCACGUUCGGUAUCACCCAGACAAGAUAAACACAACAGUUUCUCGGGUGUAUUUGCCUCACCACCCUCCAGUGCCGAGAAUUCGUUUGUCUUAAGUGCUGCUCAUUUGCAACAACAACAGGUUUCGUCUACCUCUAGUAAUAGUGAUUUGAAUACCAGUUCAUCCUCCUCAUUGAAAAGAUCAUUUUCGGAAACAGCUGAUUCUAGUAUUUGUUCAGAAGAUGAACCCACCAGCAAGAAAUAUCAAAGAGAACAACAAGAUGGCGAAGAUCAGGAUAGUAUGUGGAGACCCUGGUAAAUUCCCAUUCUAAACACACUGUUCAUCUUUAUGUAAAUUAUUUUUGAAUUUAAAAUAUCUUCUCUCUCUCUCGAAAAAUUUGUUUUUAUUCUAUUUAAAUAAUAAUUUAUUUAAUUUUUAAAAAAAUUUUAAAUGUUUCCUUUUUAAUUUUAAAAUUGUAUAUUAUUAUUUUUUAAAAUCAACACAGAAAUUUAUUUUAAUUAAUGUUAAAAACUCUUUAAAAUUAUUAAGUUUUUUUAUUAAUUUCUUUAUUAAAUUUUUUGCCAGCAGUUGUUUAAAUUUAAUUAAUUAAUUGUUUUUUAAAAAAUCUUCUUUCCUAAAAUUUUGUAAUUAUUUGAUUUCUUCUCUUUAUAUAUAUUUAUCUGUGAUUUGUACAUAAUUUUGAAAAUAUUUUUAAUUUGUUUAGUUAUGUUUUAAGUUUUAAUUAUUAUUUUUCUUUAUUAUAUAAAACUUUUUCUAUUAAGUUUUUGUCCUAUGUUUAAGUAUUAAAAAAUUUUGAUUUCUUUUUUUCUUUAAAAAAAAAAUUAUAAAUUUGUUUGUGCUCUUUUGGGGAAAGAAAUGUUUAAUGUUUUUCAAAAAAUUGUUUAUUUUUCUAAGAAUAAGCGUAAAAUUAAUAGCAAAAAAUUGCUGCAAUUUUGUAAUACAUUGAAAUAAAUUAAAAAAAUAUUGC